ACCAUAGACAAUUCCGUUGACAUGGCGGAGUAAUCAGCUGUUAAUUGCAAUGCUCGUGAAUAGCUGAAAAAAUAUUCAGUAGGUAUCGUUAUUAGCUCGUUAAUUUAAUUAUUUAAGUUGUAUUUGAUUUUAAAUAAAUGCUAGAAGGUUAUCAACAUGGCUCUUUGUGUAGUAGAAAGAGAAUAACUAAUGGCGCGAUGUCUCUUGUCACUGUCAGCUUCAUUCAUCCAUUGUGCAGAAAAAAUGUGACUUGUUCGCUUUGUAAUUCUGUUUUUAUGUAAUAAGUGGUUGUUGGAAAUUAAGUGCACUCGUUAUACGUGUCAGAAGAUUUUUCUGAAGUGUAAGUAGUCCGUUUGCAUAAUAACAAGUGUUAUGCUUAAAGUGGGAAUGUAAUUUUUCGGGAUCUAAAAAACUCCCACCACAAAGAGUGUGUACAGCGUCCGCGAGUAAACUGAGUAUUUUUCUCGUGCAGUGGUAUUUGAGUGUAAAUUUUGGUGUCGGUACGGAAAAGUUUAGCGACGGGCCGGCGACAGCAGGUGAAGAUGUCGGGCCGUGUGAGGAAACAGUCGGAUUGUCCCGUGGGCAAGCAGGGCCCGAUGCGGGCGACGCUGCCGGUGUCGUCGGUGAUGAAGCAGAGUGGCGGCCACAAGAAGAACGCGAGCAACAGUCCCAACCUGUGGCGAAGGAUAUCACCUGAUCACGCUCUGUCUGGCCAGAGGAGCCCUGGAGCCGUCAACUAUAAAGGCAAGGGAAGGUUUGGUGCAAGUGUGAUCAGGCGUACGGCAUCACUCGACACGCUAUACCACAAAGGACAGUCAUCUAGGGAUUAUUAUCUCCAUGCGGGCCAAUUGCAAGUUGAUAAGUCUACACAAACUGACGAAGGUGGCGGGACGUCUGGGCGCUCAUCACGAGGCUCUGAAGACGAUAAACUAGAUCGCUUUCUACGCAGCCGCUUGCAGAGACCACACAAACCAUUGGCAUCUGGAGAUUACUCAGCCCACACUAUGAGCUCUACUCUAUGGUCCCGCUUCGGCAGUGGCAGUGCACCAUUACGAGCUGCACGUUCGUCUGUAGAGGGCCUCAACCAAGAGAUAGAGAGACUUGUUUUAAAUCAAGCCAGUGGCACUCAAACACCACAUCUCGACCGACUAAGAGACAAAGUAACACCAGAAGGUCAUCGCGCGCCUCUCGCCGAGCUUCUAAGACGUUCUGUCAAUACACAAACUCCGCAUGAUCUUAGUCACACUGCGCAUUCUUCAGGUGGCAGUGUGUGUUCAUCCCCUGAUCUCGAUGGAUCUAAACUUGGAACUUCGCCGCAAAUUAAUCGUUUCUUAGCGCGCGAACCUCCAGAUGGUUGUGAAAAAGUGAAUUUGAAAGCUGGCGAGGGCGCAUACACGGAGCCGGUGUCGGUGAUGAAGCCGGCCGUGGCGGGGUUCACGUUGCGGCCGUCGCUGGGCUCGGCGUUCCAGCCGCUGCAGCCCGCGCCGCCGCCCUCGCCGCCCGCCACCGCCACCGCCUCCACAUCACACUGAUUCGACCCCGCUCUAUACUUUCCCGAGGUAUAAUGUUGCGUAAAAUAUCUACGUAGUUGUGACCGGUGUGACGUACACUGUAGAGAUGAUUUUGGCAUCUAAAAAUAAAUACACUUCUUUCGUCCAAAGCAUUUUGUACAUUAACGGCCAUGAUUGGUUGCGAAAAGUAUUUAACGCAUUUUUAUACGCGCCAAUAUUAUCCCUACAAUUUACAAGCACCGAAAUAAACGCAAUAAUGUACAAUCUUAAAUGGUUUAAAUGGCAUAUUAUGGCAUUGUUUUUGUGACAUGAUAGGAUUUUGUAUUUUUUUUGGCAUUUAGUUGAUGUUGUAUCAAUGCUAUGCGUACUAACCCACUGGGUAAACAACAUGUCACAGUCUACUAUUUUAGUUUUAUUGAUACAAUAAUUAAUCACUUGACACAUAAUAUGGGGAUCCCAUAAUUAUAUUCAUACAUUUCUGUUUUAACAUUUGUUAUGAAAAACAUAGGUCAUCCCUCACAUUUUAUCUGUUAUGACAAUAAUAUUGUUUAAACAUAAUAUUUUAAAAUGGAGAAAAUUAAUAAAUGUCCCUUGAUACUGAAAGUAUUGGAUAUCUGUCAAUUCUAUCAAAUGAGUGAGAUGAUAAAAUAUGUCUCAAUAUAAAAUUCAUAUUAGACUUGCAAUUAUUUUGCUGAAUUCAACAUGUAUUGACAAACAACCAAAGUGAUUUUAUCAGAGAGUUAGAUAAAAUAAUGAACCAAACAAUGAAAAAUAUUGUGGAGUACGAGUAAGCACUAUUUUGUCCCGAUAUUAUUGUAAAACAGUAGGUUACAACUAAGGUACCCUUUUAUUUUAUAAUUUAGUUGUUACAAGCACUCACUACUCCAGCCGAUUCGACGACAUGACUGGAUAUAUAUUUGAUCUCAUGUAUAUAAUUAAAAUUGUGUACAUACAUAACUACAUGUUGCAAACAUAUAAUUUUUAAAAUGUUAUAGUGUAAUGGUAAUGGAAUUUUGUUUCUCAAAAUAAGUUGUGUUUCUUUGAACGAUUGAAUAUUUAUGACUUCGGACCAAACUCAAAGGGCCAGAGCACCAUAUAACGGUGAAGGAUAUCAUCGGUCGGUAGAACGAUUUUCUAAUGCAGAGCUUUAAAUUGUGGGACUUGAUGAAAGAAAAUGUAUGAAAAUAGACUGAAUUUUUUAAACUUUACUCAUACUUUGAUACAGGUAUCUUGACUUUAUGUGUUACGUAGUGUAGUGUAUUUGUAUGAAGUGCCUGGUCAUGAUUAUUGUUUUAUCUUCUAACAAUCGAAAUAAAAUUUAGUAUCAUAGUGUUUAUUUACGAAACACUCAUUUUGUUUCUGCUAAGUUGGUCAGUAUCUGUAUCGGGUACAUGAGCAUAUGAUUUUGUAUCAUUUGUUUAUGGAAGGAUGGUAAACGCGGGUUGGAUCUCUCAUUUUGGCCAAAAUGCAUUUUUAUCAUCGAGACUGAUAAUGUAGUAUGUUGACAACUUACAUAUAAUCAUAGUUAGAUCUGCUUUUGGACAUACGCAAUUAUUUUUUAACCUUUUGUAAAUUUCGACGGCAAAUAUAUAUUUUGGAUGGCUCACGUUUGGAAUAUUAUAAUAUAGUAUUUAAUCUUAUCAUUGCUCAAAUCAAAAUUUUUAUGAAGAGCCACACUUAUGAUAAUACGCCGAAUUUGAAAAUGUUAACUUAGUGAUUGUAAUAUUUCCAGUUGCUGAUGCAAAUUAGUACCUAUUGAUUAUUCAAUAAAAGAAUGUGAUGAUAAUGUAAGUGAAUCGAUCGAAACCGAGUGUUGAUCGUAGCUUGACAACUUCUGAUACUGGCGACCGCUAGUGCUGUCUGAGUAACAACGCGAGGGUUAGGACAUGUUGUGAGCAUGUCGCACAAAGUGAACAGUAUCCACGAGUUGUGAAGUGGUAACGAAGGUGCUGCAUAGUGAAUGUAAGUAUGUACAGUAACAGGACUGACUUGUGACUAGACAGCAGGGUGUUGUAGGUGCGUUCGUUGGUUUUACGUAGUACGCAGUACGCUGUACGCACUUGUGCCGGACGAUGUCUGAUGACGUCGGAUCACCUAGUGACAGAUCGGAUCCAUAGCCCACUGCUGACAAAGAUAAAAGCAUUUCUUGUAUACAUCUUAAAUAAUGUGUUGUAUAAAUGCCACCCAAAGGUCAUCAAUGAUUUCAGGUUCAUUAUUAGUAAUAAUAAUCGAAGAUAUUGUGCAAAAACAUUAGCAUGGAAGAAAAACCGAGCCAGUAUUUAAAAUCCGGAUUUCUGUGUGAAAUGUUUCUGAAAUAAGUGCAAUAUAGCUGUAAUGUCGAAUAAUUACUCGAGCAAACCGUUAGGUACUCUAUUUUUGAAGAUAAUGUGAUUGUUUCAUGUACUUUCAUGCCUCUAAUGGAAACGUGUUAGUUUGCUUCAUUCUUCUCUUAGUUAAGAGCUCACAUUUGUGCAGUAACAUGAGCUUGGUGGUUAUUUUGCGUCGCUUCCUAACAGCUUCCAUGUCGCUAAUAGAUUCCCCUACUGUUCAAAUUCAAAACAAUAUAAUGCUUUACUAAUAAUGUUAGAGUUACGUCACAGGUCCAGGUUGUAUUGUAGGAUUUAUAUUAGCCUAUCCGAAAUAUCGUUACCUAAUUUAAGGUUUAGUAAGUUUUAGUGAUGUGACCGAAAAUUAUUAGCUGUUAAUAAAUGUGUGCUAUAAAACGGUCCCCUUGCUAUUUUUAAUUUGUAAACCACUGGGACGCUGACGAGGCUCCUAAAUAAAGAUGUGAGGACUAUUCACCAAAAGUACUCGAGAGCGCGUCCGAGUAACUGUCUCCGCGUCUUUAUCUGGGAACCAUAAAUGUUUAAUAAAGUACAUAAAGAUAUUUUUCUAUGUUCAGGGUAGAAGCGAGAUGAUGGUGUAUCAUAAAAGUAUCUUGGCUAGAACCUUAGAUUUGAUACUUCUUUUUAUAGAUGGUUAUAUUAUUUUAAAGUUUGCUUUUUAGAUGGACGAUAAGUUUUUAUUUUAAUUAUUAUGAUAUUAGAUUAAAUACUAACAUUAAAACUAAACCAAAAGUGCCCAUUGAGAUAAGUUUAUAAUUUAAGCAAGCCUUUUGUUCGGCAUUUUGUUAAUGAAUAAUGUUUAGGAGACAAAAUUAGAAAAUAAGAAAAAUUAUCGAACGAUUGUUGAGUUUUAGUUAUCUAAAAUUGUUGAGGUUUAUUGAUAAAAAAAUUCAUUUAGUUUUUUUACACGCAGUGCUAAACAAAGGGCUUGUUUAGUUAGAGGCAUUAAUUAACAUCAAUAUGAAUAUCUACUUUAAGUAAUAAUAAGAUAAUGGUUUUAUUAUAGUUUUGUUUCAGAAAAGAAAUUCUAAUUACUAUUUUUGUUUCCAAUAUUUUAUCACUUUAAUCUGUUUUCACUGUAAUGUAUCUUGCUGUAUUGCAGACAUAUCCAAUAUACAGACUGAUUUAA